AGCAUAUGUGGCGAAUAUGCACCGACUCGCAUAGUUCAAGUCGCCCAACCUCUCCGAAAUUCCUAAUCGUAGAAAACUCAGAAGAGUUAUAAAACUAAGUGAUCUUAUCCAUCAAACGCCAAGAGGAGAGUAAUGGGGGAUCGGGUGGUGGCUCUCGUCACGGGUUGCGCCAAGGGCGGCAUCGGCCAUGAGUACUGCAAGGCGCUGGCCGAGCGGAACUGCCACGUCUUUGCCUCCGACAUCCCUCAGCGAAUGAAAGACAUGUCGGAACUCACGUCGAGCCAUGCCGAUGUGGAAGCCCUCGCGCUCGACGUCACGUCCGACGAGAGCGUGGCUUCGGCGAUUGAGGCCAUCAUAUCCAAGUUCGGCCGGAUCGACGUCCUUAUCAAUAAUGCUGGGAUCGGGAGUGUGGGGCCCCUGGCGGAGCUCCCCUUGGAGGAGGUCCGGAAGGCUUGGGAAAUCAACACCCUAGGCCAGCUAAGAUUGGUUCAAAAAGUGGUGCCCCACAUGGCGGCCCGGCGGAGUGGCAGCAUCGUAAAUGUCGGGAGUGUAGUGGGCACCGUGACGACCCCUUGGGGCGGGUCCUACUGUUCGAGCAAGGCGGCGGCGCUCGCCAUGACGGACGCUCUGCGGCUGGAGCUCCAUCCCUUUGGCAUCAACGUGGUCAAGGUGGUCCCGGGGGCAAUAAGGUCGAACUUCGGGAGCGCGACCACGGAGCAGCUGGCGGCUCACAAGUGGGGCCUAUAUGAGCCGUUCGCAGGGGCCAUCGCGGAGCGCGGUGCGGCUUCGCAGAGCGCGAAAUCGACGGACGCGGCGGUGUUUGCGAGGCACGUGGUGAGCAAGGUCUUGAGCCCCAGACCACCACGGCAGAUCGUGUUUGGUCACAUGACCGGGCUCUUUGCCGUGCUCUCUUGGUCUCCGCUUUGGGUGAGAGACCUCUUCUUCUCAAACCGGUUCGGCCUGAAUCGGAAGCUCUAAAAAACUCAAGUGUGAGAGGAGAGAAUUUGGCUGAGGCUAUUUACAUGUUAUGGUUCGGUGCAUUUCUGGAAUUAGCUUCCCAUCACUACGCUCCAUUCUACUUCUUCAGACUUGUAAUUUAGUUUCUUACGAGGAAUAAAGGGAUUUGAUUUC